CGAGAUCUUUGGAGCAGCUUACCGCUACAAUAUCUUUUCGCCGUUUUCAGCUGCAUCCCCAUACAAUUUACUCCAACUGAAAAGCAAAACAUGGUGACUCCAAGCAAAAAAGUCGUAAACUCGCUGCCCUAUCGAAACAUCGCAAUGUCAACAGAGGCAGGAAACCUUUCAGACCAGUCGGUCACGCAAAAGACCCCCAAGACGGUCCGCGCAGUGUUCCACGACGCCCCUGGGAAAGUGUCGGUGCGCCACGUGCCCUUCCCUGAACUCAUAGAGCCCGAGGACGCCAUUGUGCGCAUCACCACGUCGGCGAUAUGCGGUUCCGACCUGCACAACUAUCGCGGGUUCUACGGGCCCGAGACUUACCCCUACCGCGCCGGUCAUGAGGCCAUGGGCGUCGUGCACAAGAUCGGCCCUGCCGUCGACAGCCUCAAGGUUGGCGAUCGUGUGGUUAUAGCGUUUCCCGAUGACCACCCUAUCAGGCUUGAGAAUUCCACCUUUCCCCAGGAUAUUGACUUCUUCUUUAACCCUGAAUUUGGUUUGCAAACCGAAUAUGCUCGCAUUCAAUUCGCAGACUCGACCCUCAUCCCAAUCCCCAACCGGAUUCCGGACAAAGAGUGGCUGUUCCUGGGAGAUAUCUUCGCCACGGGCUGGAUGGCGCUGGACGGGGCCGGUUUUCAGGCUGGCGAUUCAGUUGCCGUGUUCGGCGCCGGGCCCGUCGGUCUAAUGAGUGCCUACAGCGCGUGCAUCCGUGGAGCCUCGCGCAUCUACGUCGUCGACCACAUUCAAGAGCGCCUCGACAAGGCGCGUGAGAUCGGGCCAGGGGUCAUCCCCAUCGACUUCACCAAGCCGGGGCAGAAGGCCAGCGAGCAGAUCCUGGCACUGGACAAGGGCGGCGUCAACCGUUCCGUCGACUGCGUGGGCCAGGAGUGCCUGAACCGGGAGCUCAAGAUCCAGCAGGACUACGUCAUGCGCGAGUGCAUCGCCGUCACCGCGGUAGGUGGUGGCGUCGCCGUGGCGGGGGUCCACGUGACGCUACCGCCCGCGCCGGGGCGGCCCAACGUUGGUCAGAUACAGCCUGAAAUUCUGUUCGGCAUGCCCGAGUUCUGGCUCCGCGGGCUCAAGUUGGGAGCGGUUCUGGCCGACCCAGCCAAGAUGGCGCCGACCUUGUCCAGGCUCGUCGACGCCGGCAGGGCAAGGCCUGGUUUUAUUGUCGACCAUGAACCCUUUGAUCUCGAUGAGGCCCCUGAGCUGUAUCGUCGCUUCAACGAACAAAAGAUCAUCAAGGUGUUGUUCAAGGGCGCCCCUCGGCCGGAAGAGUGGGAGGAGUGGGAGAAGGAUGACGCAUUAUAAGGGGAAGAGAAGAAGACCAAUGGCAUUUAUUCUAGAAGGUUGGCGGAUUUCUUUUCUUUGUGGUACAUACUGUGGUACUUAUUGUAAAACUGUCGAAACGUCAUCGAUCAACUAAUAGUCGCCCAAGCACUGAAUGGCAGCC